UAUCUCGGUCUGCCAGGCCUGUCUGUAAUUUCGUGUCUUUGUUUUGGGUUUGUGUGCGUCGCUGCAGACUGCUCGGUGUGCUCUGCUGCUGCUUGGACUCCUUCCUGCUGCUGGAGAGCCAGUACAACAUCUGCUGCUCGCUGCUGCAGAGUCAGAGGGAAAACGUCGCUGACCAAGACGCCACAGACGGGGCGAUCAUCAUCGACGGCCUGUCAGUGGAGAGGAAUCACAUCUUGGUUCGUGUUCAUGUGGUCGGAGGUCCGUCUGAGAGGCGGCUUCCCUCUCGAGCCCUGGAAGAGGGAGAACUUCCUUACUCCUGGCCGAUGUUUCUAAGCUAUCCUCCUCCGUCCUGCUAUGUUCCAGCCUUACAGGUCAAAAACGACACGCAAGAAUGUGAGAUCAGUGCGUUUCUGGCUUCAUCCAAAGAACCAAGAGGUGAGGAGAGUUGGUUGGAGAUCUGCAGAAGACAUUUCUGCAAAGCCAUGAAAUCAAAGCCCAACACUUUAACUGGGAAAGUGCUGGCUGACCUUCUGGAGAAAGUUGUGGUCCAUUUAUCCAGCUCUGCCUCCGGAAGCUUCUUCUCUCCGGUUCAGUACAAAGCAGUGGAGAAAAACGUGAAAAAUGUUGUGUUAUCGUCUGUGGAGCAGCUGGGAAUCCAAACAUGCUUCAGGUAUGGCUGCUACCUCCAGCUGCUACAGGAAGACGCAGAGAGCGACUUGGAGCUGCUGAUGAAACACAUGAAGAACUUCCUGUCGACACAGAGAGUGAAGACUUCAUCGGCUCUUGUGAGUCUGCAGGAUGGCUAUCCGGGCCACGAUUGGCUGGCCUCCUCAGUUUUCCUCAUCAUGGCUGGAAACGUGGAGCGAUCUUUGCGUCUGCUGCUCAACCUCUCCUGCCUGCUUUCGUCUGCGUUCAUCUGGCCUGCAAGGAUUCAUGGAUCUGUCCACGUCCCUCAGGAAGUAGCCGAAUCGGGAAUCUCUCCAGUCUACUGGUGCACGGCUCAUUAUGUGGAGAUGCUGCUGAAAGCCGAAGUCCCUCUGGUCCAUUCUGCCUUCAGGAUGUCUGGCUUCACUCCUUCACAGGUGUGCCUCCACUGGCUCACUCAGUGUUUCUGGAAUUAUCUGGACUGGACCGAGAUCUGCCAGUACAUCUGCACCUGUGUGGUGAUGGGUCCAGAUUACCAGGUCUACCUGUGUGUGGCUGUUUUCAAACACCUGCAGCCUGAGAUCCUGGAGCGCACGCAGUCCCAAGAGCUGCAGAUCUUCCUCAAGGAGGAGCCGAUUAAAGGGUUUGAGUUCAGCAGCUACCUGGAGUUCAUGAUGGGACUGCAGCGCAGCUACCGGGACGUCGUCCUGACCGACAUGGAAAGCAUCAGAAACCCUCCAGAGUAAAACUUUCUCUCACUUUCUGGUCGCUAAGUUGGAGAUAUUCUACAAUAUCUGAGCAUAAUGCAGUAAUUUGAGCGUAGAUGUGUGAAAUAUUUAUGUGUAACUGUGUUUUCUGCCCGGUGAAUAAAGCUGUGCAGAAUAAUCUGAAAGAACAAACAGAAUAACCGCAGUAACAUUAUGCAAGAUCCCAAUAAUCAGCUUCAAUCCUCACCCUGAAAAUAAGCUUCUCUCCCAGAUUACAUCUGUAAAAAUGUGUAUAUAAUGAGUAUUGUACGUAAAAAUUGGUGUUUGUUUAUUCCUGUUGUGUAAAUAUUAAUUCCUGUGAGUUUUUGUAUGAGGAUCUUCUGAUGUAUUAAAAUAAGGUUUUCAAUACA